AUGGUUGUUGAAGCUCUCACGGAAGUCAUUGCCCCGGAAGGCGUCAAAGCAAGGCUUGUCGCAACCAGGGCGGCGGAUAUCACGCUUCCACACGCGGAAAAGACAGGUGGACGAAUAGUGCCUCUUCAGCAUCCGGCCGAAAGCAAAGUUGACUUUGGUGCUGAAGUAUACGGGAUCGAUCUGAACAAGCUCACUGAUGCGGAUUUUGAAUUGAUUUCUGAUGCUUUGCACAAACAUAAAGUCUUGAUCUUCAAAGAGCAGCCAGAGAUGCUCAAACCGCAACAGCAGUAUCUGCUGACUGCAAACUUCGAUCCUGACGAGACGACGGGAGGCUUCGCACAUGGCGCCGAUCCAUUCUUGACCUCACACAACGGGGUCAACAUCUAUGGAAUUCAGAGCAGACCUGCCAUUCCUGUGCAGCCGCAAGUGCAUAUAUUGGGACGAGGCGAAGUUCCCAAAGAUCAUUAUCAGUUUCCUCCCGGGUUCAAAGUCAAGGGUAUCGAUCACCACGAAUUCCAUCUCCCGCCUCACAUUCCCAAAGAGGAACGCGAGAAGGGAGCCAGCAGGUUCUAUCAGUGGCACUGGGACGGGUCGUUGUACAAUAUCCCACCUCCGAGGGUGGGUUGCUUACUGGCCGUCAGGACUCCGAAGGGACCGGAUGUCACCGUCCGCUGGGACGAUGGGACCGGAACGGAGAUGAAGAUACCACCUGGAGCAACUGCCUACGUUGCCGGAUCCAGAGCCUUGGAACUCCUGGACGAAGAGACAAAACAGAUUGCAUUUCAUUCUCGGAUCGAGUAUGCGCCACACGCCUUCAAGUGGAUGUCAACCGCCCACAGCACCAGACUUGGACAUACCCUGGAAACCGAAGGCCUCGAGCUGCCGCGCGAGAAGCUCCCACCCAUUGAUGAAAACAAGAUCUGCAUCUACCCGAUGGUGUGGACCAACCCGAAGACCGGCGAAAAGUCCUUGCAGGUGCACGGACAAGGAGCGGUCAAGUUGUACCUCAAAAGCAGCCCGAAUGGAGAAGAAAAGAUUGUCGAUGAUCUGAAGGAAGUGAGGGAGUUCAUGCACAAAAUUAUGCGGCCGGCAAUCUCGCCCGAGAAUAUUUAUGCCCAUCCCCACCAAGAGCAAGACGUCGUUCUUUGGUACAACCGUGCAUUGUGGCACAGCAUUACCGAAUUCCCAGAGUCAUAUGGACCGAGGAUCAUGCAUCAGUGUAAUAUUGCAGCAUCGGACCACCCAUCGGGCUAG